AUGACGGUAUGUCUGGACACAAAACAUCGCUACCGUUCUUAGGAGACAGAAUACCGAAGGCAUUGAGUAAUUGUAACAAAAUUGUACCAUUUCAACUAAACGCCUGCAUUGUUGCAAGACAUAGUAAGUGUUUUGUUUGGUGAUUUACAAUUACUUUCAUUUUUUAGGGCAUCUAAGCGCCACAAGUCAAUCAUUACGCGGAUAUGUCAUUGGAUUCUUUCAUCCCGCUUCCGCUUGCAGUAGCUCUGUUUAUUCUAAUAUUUUGUCCGUCUUAUCAGAACUCGAUGUACUUCCGCCAGUUAUUGUUAUCAACACAGACAACGCUCGUAGCAACAAGUCUAAAUCAACAAUACAUUUUGCUCGGCUUUGCUGAAAUUCUGUCCGAAAAUAUCCAAGAUCAUAUUCUCGUUUCAUGAAGCAGGCCACACUCAUAAUAAUGUAAGUCUACAUUUUAACUUUAAGUUUGUAUUUUUGUUUGGUUUUUAUUAUAACAACUAUUUUAUUAUAACUUAACCAUUGUUAUUUAGGUAGACGCUUUCUUUGGCUGUCUAGCGGAAAAGAUGAUUGGCCACCUCUUAGAAACCCCAGAAAUGACUGAAUUUGUCCGCAACGUUCGAGGAGUCAAAAGUAUUUAUGAUUCUUAUUGUUUAUGGGAUUUGUACAUUGCUCCGGAAACCGCAUUACUUGAUGGAGUUUAUAACUAUCACUAUUUUGAGAUCUACCGAGCUGAAGAUGGAAUCCGCGCUAAAUUCAAGCAAUUUAUUCGGUGCAAUGACUACUUGAAUUUGAACAAAAUAAGACCAUUGUAUCCUGAAGACGCCGACCAAUUUAGCCGCUUAAUCUUAAAGGUAAGUCAUCAUAAUAAGAUACAAUUGUAAAAUUUUAGAAAGACGAGGAAAUUGGAGAAGUUGGCUGUGAAACAUACGUCAUGAAUAAGCAACAGCUCCGCCUCCAAAAGUUCAAAAAGGAUAUCAUAAAUUAUUUGUCUGAAGACACCUUCAAGUCACUGCUAGAUCACUUGGAAGCCGUUACCAAUAUGCCAGUUGAAAGUUUUUCCGAAACUUGUCGCAAAAUUAAUGAAAAAGUUGUUACUUUACCCGCCCCCAUUGUUAAAGCAUCCGACGAAUGCAACGUCACGAUUGAGAAGUUCAGGAAGUUGACAACCGCAAACAACGCAGAAUCCGCAGAAGUAGAGGAACAACAGCUAGGCAAUGAAGUAAAAGUUUUUUUCUCUUAAUAAUUUAUGUUUUUUACCUCAUUAUCUAAUUAGUAAUAACUAAUUUUUUAGGAAAACCUCAUGCCUCCGCCAGCUGACGAACAAGAACUCGAACAAUUACUAGAUGAAGCACCAACGUUGCAAACUGUUCGCCGCACUACUACACUGUCCGCCGUUCCCGCUACAUCGCAAGCUACUUCAGUAUCUUCCCGUGGUCGCCGAAUUGUUAAGCGCACGCGAUUUUCACCUUCGAGAUAA